UAAUCUAGGUCAAAUUUAUUUCAGGUAAAACAUGUCUAAAAGAGGUCGUGGAGGUGCCGUCGGAGCCAAGUUCCGUAUAUCCCUAGCUCUGCCCGUCGGAGCCAUCAUCAAUUGCGGAGACAACACUGGAGGAAAGAACCUGUUCAUCAUGGCCGUCGCCGGCAUUCGAGGAAGACUUAACAGGCUUCCCGCCGCUACUUGCGGAGACAUGGUGCUUGCCACUGUCAAGAAGGGUAAGCCAGAGCUGAGGAAGAAGGUAAUGCCUGCCGUUAUAAUUCGGCAGAGGAAAACGUUCAGGAGGAAAGACGGAACGUUUAUAUACUUUGAGGACAGUGCGGGGGUGAUAGUAAAUAACAAGGGAGAGAUGAAGGGCUCUGCUAUCACCGGACCCGUUGCCAAGGAGUGCGCCGACCUCUGGCCCAGAAUUGCGAGCAACGCGAGCAGUAUUGCAUAAUCGUCAGUUAUCUCUCCUCACCUGAUGACAUGCAGAAAAUUGUCGCCGUUCCUCAAUUUCUGUUGUAAUAAAUCCCCUCUUUCAGA